CGGGUAAGAGAGCUCUGUGGAUUAGCCUGAAGAAUUUGAUUUUGGGGAUGGGUGGUAACUGGUGCUUGAUGGGGGAUUUCAAUGCUGUAAGGAAUGAGCAGGAAUGGAAUGGAGGAAGAAAUAGGAGGAGGGAAAUGGAGGAGUUCGACAAUUUCAUCAGUGAAUGCGACCUCAUUGAUCUACCAUUAAUAGGUCGUAAAUUUACAUGGUACCAGCCAAAUGGAACUGUUAUGAGUAGACUGGACAGGUUUCUGCUUUCGGAACAGUGGUGUAUCAAUUGGGGGGAGGUCAAACAAUGGGGAAUGAAGCGAACAUUGUCAGACCACUGCCCAAUUUUGCUAAAAAACCAAAUAAUCGAUUGGGGCCCUAAACCUUUUCGAUUUUUUGAUGCGUGGAUUGGGAUUCCAGAAUUCAAGGAGUUGGUGAGUAGAACAUGGAGGUCGACAGAGAUCACAGGAUGGCAUGGAUACCGACUAAAGGAAAAAUUAAAGGAAACAAAGAAAGCUUUAAAAGUCUGGAGUAGGAACAUGUUGACUGAGGUGGACUCCGACAUACAAAAAUACGAAGAUUCUAUUGCGACAAUGGAUUUGAAGGCAGAAGGAAACCCGUUAACAGCUGAGGAAGUGGAUCUAAGAAGGAAUAGCUUCCUACAACUGUGGAGAUGCCAGAAAAUGAAGGAGAGCAUGUGGCGGCAAAAAGCUAGGAAGACAUGGAUGAAAGACGGGGAUGCGAAUACCAAAUUCUUCCAUAGGUGUGUGAAAGGAAGAAAGAGAAGGAAUGAGAUAGUCAGUAUUCAGGUGGGAGACAAAGUUAUAGAUCAGGUUGUAGAGAUCAAGGAAGAGGUGGCCAGGUAUUUCGAGAAGGUAUUCACAGAAGACAGAUGGCAGCGCCCUCACCUUGACGGGAUUGGAUUUAAAAAGAUCACUGAGGAAGAGAACUCAAUGUUACUAGCUCGGUUUAGUGAAGAAGAGGUAAAGCAAGCGGUAUGGAGUUGCGACUGCUCAAAAGCACCAGGACCAGAUGGUUUUAAUUUCAGAUUCAUAAGAGAAAUGUGGGAAGAAAUCAAAGAUGACAUGAUGGGCUAUGUGGAAGAUUUUUAUAAGCAGGGAAAACUAGUAAGAGGGGCAAAUAGUUCAUUCAUUGUGUUGAUUCCUAAGGUGAUAAAUCCCCAAAAAAUAGAGGAAUUUCGGCCCAUAUCCUUGAUUGGGGUUAUGUACAAGGUGAUAGCAAAGCUCCUUGCCAAUAGACUUCGUGUUGUGAUGGACAAAAUAAUCGGAGAAAGCCAAAUGGCGUUUGUUGGAGGAAGGCAAAUGACGGACAGCAUUAUCAUUGCCAACGAAAUAAUUGAUGAAGCAAAGAGAAAGAAGAAAGCUAGUUUUGCAUUUAAACUAGACUUUGAGAAGGCAUAUGACAACGUUUGUUGGGAGUUCUUGCAAUACAUGAUGUCAAGGAUGGGGUUUAAACCGAAAUGGAGAAGAUGGAUAGACGAGAGUUUGAGGACAGCAGAGGUUUCUGUUUUGAUCAAUGGUAGCAAUACCAGACAAGUGAAAAUCAACAAAGGCCUUAGACAAGGGGACCCUCUAUCCCCUUAUCUAUUUCUGCUAGUAGCUGAAGGACUGAACGGAAUCAUCUCCUCAGCAGUUGACCGAGGACUUUUUGAGGGGAUCAGUGUCGGUAUCAACGAAAGGAAGUGGUCACAUCUCCAGUUUGCAGACGAUACAAUCCUGUUUGGCAAAGCAGAGGAGGAGAAUAUAUGGGCAGCGAAGAGCAUCAUGAGAAUCUUCGAGUUGGUGUCGGGAUUGAAGAUUAACUUCGGCAAAAGCCAGCUCAUGGGCAUAAAUGUUUCAGAUGAGUGGAAAACAAAAAUGGCUCACAUAUUGAAUUGUAAGCAAGGUGCUUUCCCCUGUAAAUACCUUGGAGCAACAAUAGGAGGCAAUUGCAGAAGCAUUAAGGUAUGGAAACCUCUGAUCGAGAAUUUUAGGAAGAAAUUGUGCUCCUGGAAGGGCAGAUUUCUUUCCCUUGGAGGAAGGAUCACUCUCCUCAACUCCGUGCUGUCCAACAUUCCAGUGUUCCCCAUGUCAACGCACCUGCUCCCAAAAGGUGUGAUCCUCUCCCUAGACAAAAUCCGGAGGAACUUUCUAUGGGGAGGAGAAGAGGGGAAGAGAAAAACCAGUUGGGUUUGUUGGGAUAAAGUAUGCAAAAGUAAAAAGGAGGGUGGGCUUGGAGUUAAAGAGCUGAGGAGGUUCAAUCUCGCUUUGCUGGGCAAAUGGUGGAGUAGAUUAGCAAGAGGGAGUGAUGGUCUCCUUUACAGAAUUAUUAAAGAAAAAUAUGGGAGUGUGGAAGGCCAUUGGCUAGAGUGGAUGCAAGAGAAUAGUCACAAUGGGUCCAGCUGGUGGAGAAACAUUUGCAUAUUAGACCACGUCGUUCACAAUAAGAGGGGAUGGCUUAGUGAUGGAUUCAAAGUAAAGAUGGGAGACGGGAACACUGUGAGAUUCUGGAAGGAUGUAUGGAUCGAAAAUCAGACCCUCGCUAACCAGUUCCCAAGGUUAUUCCUGGUGUCUACAGGGAAAGAUGAUAGAAUCUGUCAAAUGGGAAAUUGGAGGCAAGGAGAAUGGAAAUGGUCAGUACAGUGGAGAAGAUCAUUGUUUGAAUGGGAGAAGGACAACUGCUCGGAGCUCCAGGCCUUGCUGGAUAAUACUCAUCCUGUGCAAGAUCAGAAGGAUAGGUGGGAGUGGAAGCAUGGUAAAGACGGUGAGUAUACUGUCAAAGCAGCAUAUAAUCUGUUAUCAAGCAAUAGUGGACGUGAUAAAGCAUGGAUUUAUAAAAGGCUGUGGAGCAGCUUAAUCCCAACAAAGGUCAGUGCAUUUGCUUGGCAAGCCUUUCAAGACAGAAUUCCCACCAGAAUCAACUUAAUUAGAAGGGGCAUUAUAACUGACCCUAACCAAGCAUUUUGUGGAUUGUGCGGGGAAAGCAUAGAAGACAGCAAUCACCUGUUUAUCCAUUGCAGAAUUUCUAGCUCGGUGUGGCACAAAUGUUUGCAAUGGUGGAGGAUAUCUGUAGCUACGCCUAAUACCUGCCAAGAAACAUUCGAGCAACACCAAUCUUUCUUUAAAGAAACUGUAGUGAGAGCAGGGUGGGAUGUUGUCUGGUUGGCAUACAUAUGGUCUAUAUGGAUGGCAAGGAAUGGAAAGAUUUUCAGGAACUCUGAGUGUGAAGUAAACAGAAUAUUUGAGUUUGUUCAACUCAGAGCCUUCAGCUGGAUUAAAGGCAAAACAUAUGGGUAUUCUUUUAAUAUGUUCGAAUGGAUGCUGGAGCCGAUUGCAGCUGAUAGGUUCCGACAGGGUCAGGAAACUGAGCUGCUAUUUUCUCCAGCUAAUGUAAUUUGUAUACAGGGCAGGGGCCUGUUUAAUGAGUUCAAAGAUAGUGAAGGAAGGUUUAAGCAAGAACUAAGCAAGCACAUCUCGGGGUUAAUAGAAUUAUAUGAAGCUUCACAGCUAAGUAUAGAGGGAGAAGACAUACUUGAUGAAGCUAGAAAAUUCAGUGCCUUCCACCUCAACGCAGGGCUAGAACAUCUUGACCAUUCAAAGGCUAGCUCUGAAGAAUGGAUAUUUGCCCUGCAAGAAGUAGCCAAAAUGGAUUUCAAUAUGGUCCAGUCCUUACACAAAAGGGAGAUACUUCAAGUCACCAAGUGGUGGAAGGACCUCAGUUUGGCUAAGGAGCUGCCAUUUGCAAGGGACCAACCAACAAAAUGGCAUUUAGUGUCCUUGGUAUGCCUCACAGAUCCAAGCUUAUCAGAUCAAAGGAUUGAACUCACAAAACCUAUUUCCUUGAUUUAUAUAAUUGAUGACAUCUUUGAUCUUUAUGGGACACUUGAAGAACUCACUCUCUUCACUCAAGUUGUCAACAGAUGGGAUUGUACAGACAUGGACCAACUACCGGACUGCAUGAAGAUUUGUCUCAAGGCUCUUUAUGACAUAACUAAUGAAAUCAGUCACAAGGUUUACAAGCAGCAUGGAUGGAACCCGAUUGAUUCCCUGAAGAAGACAUGGGCAAGUUUAUUCAAUGCAUUUCUGUUAGAAGCAAAAUGGUUUGCUUCAGGGGAGCUCCCAAAUCCUGAGGAGUACCUGAAGAAUGGGGUGAUUAGUUCAGGAGUGCAUGUGGCACUGGUUCACAUUUUCUUUUUGUUGGGUGAGGGUUUCACCCACGAAAAUGUGGAGCUAUUACACAACAAUCCAGGCAUAAUAUCAUCCACGGCAACAAUUUUUCGACUCUGUGAUGACUUGGGAAGUGCCUGGGAUGAGAAUCAAGAUGGCCAAGAUGGGUCUUAUGUGGAUUGCUACAAGAAGGAACAUCAAGGCAUCACAGCAGAGGAUGCACGAAAGCAUGUUACACAAAUGAUUUCAAAGGCCUGGAAGCAGCUGAACCAGGAGCGCCUCUCCCCAAAUCAACUUCCUUCAUCAUUCACAAAGGCUUCCGUUAAUCUUGCAAGAAUGGCUCGUCUCCUGUACAAUAAUGAUGAAAACCAAUGCCUUCCAGGCGUGGAGUACAUGAAAUCCAUUCUAUAUGAAAGAAGAACUUAGACAAGAAAAUAGCAAUUGGUGAAGCUCCAAAUCGUAAAGAGCUUACUUACCAAGCUACGCUUUUCCCAUUGUUUUUCCAUCCAACUGAAAUUGGUACAUCUCCAAGUAUUAGAAUAAAAUUGGUUGCGCUAAAACAAAGUAAGAACAUCAAAUCAGUGAAAAGAACAGUUCGAGAAGUAAAAUUUAAUUGUAGCAAUGUUAUUGUUGAGUAAAUUUAUUUCUUCAGC